AUGGCUCACGAAAUGCUCCUUCAGUUAUCUUCGUUGAUGAAAUUGAUUCUUUAUGUGGUACACAUGGAGAAAGCAAUAAAAGUGAAGCUUCUAGGAGAAUCAAGACCGAACAUCUUGUACAGAUGCAGAACAUGGCGACUGGACGUGCUUAGUUGGAAUUUUGUACUUAGGAUGGGUGUUGGCCAUAGUAAUUAUGAAGUUCUUGUUCUUGCUGCUACGAGUACGCCAUAUGCUCUGGACCAGGCUGUGCAGCGACAGUUUGACAAGCGUAUCUACAUUCCUUUACCUGACUCGCAAGCAAUGCAGCAUAGGUUUAAGAUGGAUUUUUUGGUUCCGACAUCGCUCUCUGUAACAGCAGAAGUUGUUUCGCACAAUCCUGAGAUUCUUUCACCCCUGAUCCAAAAGACCGAUGUCAAGAAGAUCAUAGCUGGCAGAGGUCGACCGUUGUCAAGACGGAGGUACACAAGAAGUAUAGGAAUGAGUUCGGCGAGGACGGUUGAUGCGCCGCAAGUACUCUCUGUACUCAAUAAGUGCACCAAGGAGUAA